AUGGGAAAUGCUCUGGGAGUGUUGAGUUACGCUGGCACCGCUAUUGCCACUCUUCCCGUAAACUUGGCGGGAAAUGGGACCCUAAUCAUCCAAACCGCGACCCUUAAGUUCAAAGAAACCAGCAUCGAUGCAAUACGAGGACUUUUUACGGCAGUAUUAGAAAGCACUCCGAAAGUAGUCCAUCAACUCUCUCCUCGCUUGCUUCUGACUACGGCGGAUAACCUCGUUAGAGCAGUCGUUAAUGCACUCACCUCUCAGGUGGGAAGUCUACCCAUUAUAAAGAAGGACUUAGCCAGCAACGAGAUUAACAAGGCGACAAUUUCUCUAUUAUGGAGGGAUAGCGCUGAGUUAGGAAGAUUCUUGGUUGGGUUACUUGACCCCAUUAAGCGUUAUGCCUUGGCAAACUCAGACACUGGGAUAGCCGAGCCAAACGAGGAACAUGGCACUAACAACGAAUUGGACCUCACCGACCCCAUGAAUCGACAUGCUGUCAUUUGUCAGUUUCAAAGACUUGUACGAUCUGUGGUCCUCAUCCUCAGCCACAUGACACGAAAUCCGUCCCAGGGCAUUGAUAUCACUCAUGAAACGACAUUGCUGAGUGAUCAGACCAACACCACUAUCACAGUACCAUCAUCUACUCCGUCUGGAUGGGCGAUAAAGCAUAAAGAAAAAUGGAUUUUUGUUAAUGGUAUUGCUGGGGAGCUGUACUGGCUGAAGACUGCUUGCAUAAAGAUAGCAACGAAGUAUGAAAGAGAGGUUACGGGUGUGUUCAACAGAGGCGAUGGGAUCCUUUGGGAUCUGCUCGAAUGUGCAGGUGAGAGAAGACUUCAUGGAAGUGAAAGAGCCGCGAGCCAGAGGCAACUCAUCAAGCGAACAGCCAGCAGUAGAAACGCUCAAGAGGCAUUGAAGAAAGAGUUGGAAGAAGCUUUGAGGUUGGCUGAAGAAGAAACAAAAAUUGUGGUCAUAGCCCACUCUCAAGGCUGUCUUUUGCUACAGUUGUCUCUUGAAGACAUAUUGGUCGGCCGAACAGCCCUCCUCUCUGACUCCACACCAACAAGCCAGGAGACUUAUGCUUCGGCUAGGAAGAAGAUGCGUAAGCAUCUUUACGUCUUCACAUUUGGUAAUCCAAGUGUGGACUGGAGGCUUGAGACGAGCGACCAAGAUUGCAUUUCCCAAAGUUCAUACGAUGACUUUCGAGGUGAAGAGGACAUCGCACAUCUAAGCAGCUAUGUUCACUGCACCGAACACUUCGCGAACGAGAAAGACUUUGUUGCGAAACUUGGAGUACUGAAUCCUAAUCGGGAUGCAAAUAGCGGGUACUCGAACAUUUUCAUCAACAACCGACCUACAUGGAUCGGCCAUCUAUUCGGAACUCAGUACAGCCUCAACAAGGACCAUUACCAACCGAAUAGCCAAACUUCUCGCUUGCUUGAAUGUCUUCCUGGCCAGUCUAUUUCUGAUUAG